AUGAGGCCCAGAGCAGAGUGCUAUUCUUCAAAAUUCUGGCUUAUGCUGGCAGUCUUAGCAACAACAGGUGGUAUGGCUUGGGCCCAAAAGAACCACCCCAGCAUUGGCAUUGCUGUCAUCUUGGUGGGUACCUCUGAUGAAGUAGCUAUCACAGAUGCCCACAAGAAGGAUGAUUUCCAUCACCUCUCCCUCAUACCUCGGGUGGAACUGGUGGCCAUGAAUGAAACAGAUCCCAAGAGCAUCAUCACCCGCAUCUGUGAUAUCAUGUCUGAACGAAGGGUCCAAGGUGUGGUGUUUGCUGAUGAUACUGACCAGGAAGCUAUUGCCCAGAUCCUGGACUUCAUUUCUGCCCAGACCCUGACACCCAUUCUAGGAAUCCAUGGAGGCUCUUCCAUGAUCAUGGCAGACAAGGAUGAAUCAUCCAUGUUCUUCCAGUUUGGCCCAUCGAUAGAACAACAAGCUUCUGUUAUGCUGAAUAUCAUGGAAGAAUAUGACUGGUACAUCUUCUCCAUUGUCACUACCUACUUUCCUGGCUACCAGGAUUUUGUUAACAAGAUCCGCAGCACUAUUGAGAACAGCUUUGUGGGCUGGGAGCUAGAAGAGGUACUCUUGCUGGAUAUGUCUCUGGAUGAUGGAGAUUCAAAGAUCCAGAAUCAACUCAAGAAACUCCAGAGUCCUGUCAUCUUACUUUACUGUACUAAGGAAGAGGCCACCUAUAUCUUUGAGGUGGCUAACUCCGUCGGUCUGACUGGGUAUGAUUACACAUGGAUUGUGCCCAGUUUGGUGGCUGGAGAUACAGAUACAGUCCCCUCUGAAUUUCCCACUGGACUUAUCUCUGUGUCAUAUGAUGAGUGGGACUAUGGUCUUCGUGACAGAGUGAAAGAUGGAAUAGCCAUAAUAACCACGGCCGCCUCUGAUAUGCUAUCUGAGCAUAGCUUUAUUCCUGAACCCAAGAGUAGCUGCUACAAUACACAAGACAAGAGGAUCUACCAAUCUAACAUGUUAAAUAGGUAAGGGAAAUAAAUAUAAUAAUAUAUUGGUUGCUCACAAAUUCUGAUCAUCA